AUGGAGUAUUCCCGUGCCAAUACAGUGCCAUAUCCUCCCCGUCCCGAGCCACCAGAGGGCCCAGCACCCUCAGCGCUCGAAUUACCGCCUAAUGGUGCCUACCUCGACAUAUUUCAAAGCCUCCUAGAACCCACAUCUGUCCUGCAAAAACAUGGCUAUCGAUUUCAACAACUGACAGACGCGGAAAUUCAUGAGAAACGAAGAUGCACUCUACAACAGCUCACAAAGGGUCUGAAAAAAGCUCUGCUCGACGGUGACCAACAAGCAACUUCAGCAGACAUGCAUCCCAGGACAUGGCCUACAAUGCUCAUAUAUUAUGAGGAUGGUCAAACCGACGUUCAGCCUUCCACAGUACCAUGCCGUUACCACUCAGCAGCAGUCGACCGCACCACGAAGUGCUGGAUGUGUUGUGGAGAGCCCGUUUCUAAGGCUACGCCAUGCAACGGUACCAAUGUUCACAAGAUGCGCGAAUACCGACCAAGUGAGCUCGAUCGCUUGCAUCAAAUCCAUGAAACUCCUCGAUUUCAUCCGGACCGUGCUACUUCCGUUAAAUUUGCCGUCGCAAUCGACUGCGAGAUGGGCACAGCUAGAAACGGAGAUUCUGAGCUUAUUCGUUUAAGCGCCAUCGAUUAUUUGACCGGCGAAGUGCUGAUUAACAACCUGGUGAAGCCGGAUCAGCCAAUGCUACAUCUCAAUACCAAGUGGUCGGGUGUCACUUGGGAUCAAAUGAAUGAGGCUGUGAGAAAGAAGACCACGCUGAAGGGGAAGUCUGGGGCAAGAAGACUGCUGUGGAAAUUCGUAGGGCCUGACACAGUCCUCGUAGGACAUAGUGUUCACAACGAUCUGAAGGCAUUGAAGUUGAUUCACCCACGGGUUGUAGACUCCUACGUGGUAGAGCAUAAAAUCAUCGAGGAGAAGAAGGCAAUCGAAGCGCGAGAAAAGAAAGCGAGUGAAGCAGCGGCGAGAAGAAUAGAGGAAUUCCUUCCAGAGAUCGCAGGGCUAGCUGAUGGUCAUGAGUCUUCCCUGACGACCAACAGCCAGAUGGUAGGGAACUCAACUACCGCCACUGAUGGUGUACCCAAAAAGAAAAAGGCCAAGGGUACAGGCGACUUAGCUUUGAAGACAUUGCUGAAGAAGUAUCUCGCCACUGAUAUCCAGACCAAAGGCAACAAAGGCCACGAUAGCUUAGAAGAUGCGACUGCGGCGAGAGACUUGGUUCAUUGGAUGGUCAUGCGCAUACUACAGGAGAGGGAUGAUAAAACGAUUUAG